CAGAAAUGGCAUCCAAUUCGUGUUAUCGGUGUUUUGAAAAAAUCUGUAUCGUUGCUAUUCAGAUCUAAAAACAGUUGUUCUUUCGUGAGCCACAUGCCUAAAGCCUGUUUAAGUACCAAUAACCUAAUUGGUGCUGUGUGUGUUGAGCGCCCUCCUAUACUAACAGCUAGAAAAUCCAGACUUGAACCAACGUUUCAGAACUUACUCAACGAGAAGGAACUAGAGUCUAGUUACUUUUCAGAUCAUGAAAUUAGGCUAUUAAAGGAAAGAGCAAAUUUAAAGAAAAAUGAACCAGUCGAUAGUGCUAAUGAUAAAGAAACAGAGACAGCCUUAGAUUUGGAAGAUAAAUGGGAAGCAGAACUUAAGGCAAUUACACCUACAGCAAGAGAAACAGAAGCUGACCGUACAAAUAACAGAAAGCCAUUGGAAAGAAAACUUGACACUACAUUGUAUUUACUUGUGAAACAGAAAAUAGAAGGGAAGGAUCAUUGGGUAUUACCUCAAGCAUAUUGGAAGGAAGGAACCAUGAGACAAACAGCAAAAAGAGCACUGAAUUCUGUAUGUGGUGAAGUAAAAGCAACAUGUUUAGGAAACGCUCCAUAUGGAUUUGACUAUCAUAAUCCAGCAAAGAUAUUUUUCUUCAAAGCAUGUUACAGAGAAGGUUUAGUGGCUGUCAACAAAGAUUUAGCCAGUGAUUAUUUAUGGGUGUCACAAAAUGACUUAAAAGUGUAUUGUUUUCCCAGCUACAACAAAGGCCUGAAAAAAUUUAUAGUUCCAUUGUGAUCUUGGUUUGGUUACCAUUACGGCAUUAUAU